CGAAGCUGUGGCGCAGAUCAGCAUGGAAAAGCUCGGCGCGGUCACGGGGUCGUGGAAGGGAAAGGACGUCUUGUCGACGGAGCAGUUUGAUGCGGCAAACGUGAGAUUCUUGUUCCAAGUAGCAGACCGCAUGAAAGACAUGGUUGCGCGCCAAGGAACUGACGACACCCUUCGCGGCAAGGUGCUAGCGAAUGUGUUCUUUGAACCAUCGACUCGCACGAGCUGCUCGUUUCAGGCCGCCAUGGUGCGCUUGGGCGGCAGCGUCGUUUGCGUAAACGAGUCGUCGUCGAGUAGUAAAAAAGGUGAAACCCUCUCGGACACGAUUAAGUGCUUGGAGUGCUAUACGGACUUCCUUGUGCUGCGCCAUCCUGUUGUUGGCGCCGCCGCGACUGCGGCAAUCGCGACCUCCAAACCCGUCAUCAACGCUGGUGACGGCGUGGGUGAGCACCCGACGCAGGCGCUAUUGGAUCUGUACACGAUCUACCAGGAAGCGAAGUUAGUUGACCUCAACUUUGCUGGCAAAGUCAUCACGAUGGUUGGCGACUUGAAGAACGGCCGCACGGUACACUCCCUGGCCAAGUUGCUCGCGCAUUUUAACGUCAAGCUCAACUACGUUGCUCCAGAGUCGCUUUCAAUGCCCAAAUACAUCGUGGAAUCACUUGCUGCUCAGGGCGUCGUCCAGCAUGCGACGUCCGACUUGGACUCCGUCCUGCGUGAGAGCGACGUUUUGUACAUCACCCGCAUCCAAAAGGUCGCUCUGUCUUUCCCUUUCCCGCGUCUUGGCUGGUGAUCGAUCUAUUGACUUGUGCUCUCCAGGAACGCUUUGAAUCCAUUGAGGAGUACGAUGCCGUCAAAGACAGCUUCCGCAUCACGAAAGCAACGCUUGAAAACGCGAAGGCGACCGCCAUCGUCAUGCAUCCGUUGCCGCGCGUGAACGAAAUCGACGUUGAAGUCGACAGCGACCCACGGUCGGCGUACUUUCGUCAAAUGGAGUAUGGCAUGUACGUCCGCAUGGCGAUCUUGGCUCUAGUCAUGGGUCGCGCCUAAAGGAUCGACAGUUAACGAGAACAGACCGUUCAUCCCA